GUCACCGUUAUAUGUCCAACUUAGAGCCACUUAUCUUGGGAGCACACAGCGUUCUGAGGCUCGGUCGAGAAAGCAAGUAACUUAUGUCAGUUACCUAGGUGCGGGAAGGUGACCCAUAGCCUCAGACACCUGCCUCAGAGCGAACCCUGGGAGUGCGGGGACAAGUGCCAGACUCUUUGCUGCCUUAUCAUGUACAGCAGAGCUUACAUCUUGCUGCAAAGAGAAUUCCAAGAGUUGAAGAAGAACAAUUAUGAGGGUAUUACUGGCUUUCCUGUAAGUGAAGAUAUGAUGCAAUGGGAAGUUGAUAUUGAAGGUCUACAGAAUACAGUUUGGCAUGGAUCAUUCUUCCAACUGAGAAUAAAUUUUACAUCGGAGUAUAAUUUUGUCCCUCCGGUUGUGAAAUUUAGAACAAUUCCUUUUCAUCCAAAUGUAGACCCGCAUACUGGCCGUCCCUGUAUAGAUUUUUUGGACAACACUCAUAAGUGGAAUAGAAGCUAUACGUUGAGCAGCAUCUUACUUACCCUCCAGGUUAUGUUUUCUAAUCCAGUGCUAGAAAAUCCAGUGAAUUUGGAAGCAGCCCAUAUACUGAUUAAAGAUGAAACUCUGUACAGGCAAAUAAUUCUAAGACUUUUCCACCAGCCAUUACAAUCAAAAGAUGACAGUUCUGAGUCACCUAAAGAGCCAGAUAAAUUUAACAGAUCAAUUAAAUCAGUCUCAUUUAAUGAUUACUACAAGACAUGGUCUGGAAUAGCCACAUCAAAAGCCACAGAAUAUUACAGAACUCCAUUGCUUGAAGAUCCAAAUUUCACUGGAGAGUAUUACAAAUGGAAGAAAAAUGAGCUAAGACGACCUAAAGAAUGGGGUUUAAAGUAUGCUGCUGCCAUGGCUCGGAUUGCUAGAGAAAAUAAAAAGCCUCACAAAACCAGUUAUCCAACUGAAAGAAGUUAUCUCUGCACAACUCCAGUUCAAACUUUUCCUGAUUCACAAACUGAAACAGAUAUCGUCACAAAGAUGGAUGAAACAAAGGAGCGGUGGAAGAUAAAAGUUUUACCAGAUGAUGUUAGCACAAAUGAGCCAUGGGAAGAAGAAGUGGAAGAUCUGGUUGCCUGGACCAACACUCUUGAUACAGAUGCUUUGGAAGACUAAGCCUAAUGCUCCAGGAUUUAAAAAAUUAACAGCCUCAACCACAGCUCAGCUUCAUGGAGCAACUUUGGAAGGCUCUCACAACUUGGAUUCCAUUUUUUUUUCAAGUUGGUCACAUCCUAUCACUGCAAGAACAAAUUAGAAAUAUAAGUGCAAAUCAGCGAAUAUGUUGUUUUGGAUUUUUUGAACUCUCCUUCAUUGUUUGACCCUAAGUUAGCCAAGUAGCAGUGUUCAUUGUGGUUUUCCAAUCAGUGGUGUUAUACCCAGCAUUGUUAGGCUACUGGACACACAUUUUUGCAGGCAGAACUUGGGUGAGGAAGAGGCUCAUAUUGGAGGGGAGCACUCAGGAGCUUCAGAGCCUGGACAUUUACCCAAGUAGGGAAUCUAUGCAUUUAUCUCCAUGUACCUGGUUUAGUGUCUUUUUUCCUCUGUAUUCAAGGGAUGAGAUGUCACCUGUCCAGUCCACCAUUGUUCCUCUUCUGUUUUCUCCCAGAGUCCAUGCUCUAUUUUCUCUUCGACCUUAACUAACCAUCCCCUCCGAUUCUCAUAUCUUUAUUUUCUCCCUCUCUUUUUGCUGUGUUACCCCAAUCUGCAAGUAUACUCGGUUCUCUCCUAUUCUAAACUGUGUCUCUACCUUUGACCCUGCAUUUUACUUCCUUCAACACUAUAUCAUUCAUAAUUUCUCAGAUUAAUAGUAAUCUAUCAUUUGCUCUAUUUCUGUAGUUCACUUCAUGUUUGUACCCAAUGCACAAUAAAAUCUAUCUUCUGCUUGUACUACUAGGUUAAAAUUCACUAUGAUCACCAAAAAUUUCCAUAGUGCCCCAGUUCAACAGAUACCUUAUCUUACUGGGCCUCUAGGCUAUAUUGGAUAUUAUUGAUCACUUUUCUCUCUCUUUUUUAAUGUUUAUGGCCUUGCCUUAAGAGAGACUUCUUUUUUUCUUUUUUUUUUUUAAGAGAGACUUAUUUUGAGGCUUACCUACCUACACACGCAGUUCUCCCUACAAACACCACAAAUUUAUGUAUCUAUCUAUCUAUCCAUCCAUCCAACCUUGG